GUGGUCGGAGGUGCGCAAGCUUAUGUCACCGCCCCUGUUCGAACUCUUCAAUCUGGUGUUCGUGGCCCUGGCGCAGCACCUGCUGUGCAUGCUCAUCACCGCCCCCGCGUUCGUUGCGCACGUUAUCAACAAGACAACAGCCGCCACAGCAGCCCGCAGUGACAGCAUCAACAUCAGCACUAGCAGCUCUAGCAGCACCAGCGGCAGCGGCCAUGCAGCCCCUCUCACGGCCGCUGACUGGGCUGCCGCCGCGUGUUUCGCGGUGUUGCUGGCAGGGGAGGCGGCGGCGGACCAGCAGCAGUGGGUCUUCCAGCGGAGGAAGCGGCAGCUGCUGGAGGGCCGGCAGCGGCGGGAGGGGGACUACCGGCGGGGCUUCCUGAGCAGCAGCUGGCUGUUCCGCUUCUCACGUCAUCCGAGCUUCUUCUGCGAAUACGGCAUGUGGUGGGCCUUCUACGCCCUCUGCGCCGCCCUGCCCGCCCGCUGCGCCCUGCACUGGUCUGCUGCGGGUGCGGUCGGCCUCACGCUGCUGUUCCACGGUGGGUCCGUGUG